GCGGGCGCUGCCGGGGCUGCUUGGCCCAGUCGGGGCCCCGCGGAGCCGCGCGGCGGGAGCGGCUGAGGAUGCGGCGCGCGGACGAUGCUCCUGAGCCUGCUGGUGCCGCUGGCCGCAUUGCUGCAGGGCCCGCGCACCGGCGCCCGCGCGCAUGACCUGCCCAGCCCCGAGUCUGUGUGGUUUAAAGCAGAAUUCUUCCACCAUGUCCUCCACUGGAAGCCCAUCCCCAGUCAGUCCCAAAGCAUCUACUACGAGGUGGAGGUCCUGAGGUACGACCUAGAGUGCUGGAAACCUGUCCCCAGCUGCAGCCAGAUGCGGGUGCAGUCCUGCGACCUCACCAUGGACACACUGGACCUCUAUCGCAGCAAUGGUUACCGGGCCAAAGUCCGGGCAGUGGACGGAGGCCAGCGCUCCAACUGGACCAUCACCCACACGCGUUUCUCCGUGGACGAAGUGAUGCUGACCAUUGGCAGCUUGAAGCUGGAGGUUGUCAACGGCUCCAUCCUCGGGACCAUCCAGCCCCCCAGACCCCAGGCCGCACCCGAAGGCGACACUUACGAAAGCAUCUUCCCCUACUUCCGAGAGUAUAAGGUCUCCGUGCGCAAGGCGCCAGACCCCAACAUGUACAUCGAGAAGACAGUAAAGAAAGAAAGCUUCCGCCUCCCCAUGAACGGAGAAGUGGGCGAGUUCUGUGUCAAGGUGAAACCGUCCAUCAGCUCCCGUGUGAACCCAGGGCUGUGGUCCUCGGAGGAGUGCGUGGUGCUAGCCCAGCAGUAUUUCACAGCCACCAACCUCACCGUCUUCUUCGUCUUCGUGCUGCUGCUCUGCGGGGCGCCGGCCACGUGCUUGGGCCUCCAGCUCUACGUGCGCGGUGGUGGGAAGCUGCCGGCAGCCCUGGUCUUCGAGAAGCCAGGCCCCCUGGGCCUGGUCAGCCAGUUCCCGCCCCCCGACCCCAUCCAGCCCCUGGACUCGGAGGCCUUCCUGCAGGUCCUGCCCGAGCUGCGGCACUCGGAGCUGUACGGCAGCACCGACAGCGGCUUUGGCAGCGUCAGGCCCUCCCUGCAGUCCCAGGAGACCCCCAUCCUCGCCACCCCCAGGGCCCGAGGUCCUCUGGGAAAGAGGGCCUCCCUGGAGGAGCUCCACAGCGAGGGCAGCACCGACAGCGGCGUGUGCCUGCAGGAGCCCAGCCUGUGUCCCGGCUCAGAGCCCCCCUGGGAGCCCCAGCAGGAGGACGGCAGUCGGGGCCAGGAUGACAGUGGCGUUGGCCUGACGCCCGGCGCUGAAGAGCAGCCUGCAUCUGACCACGGGGGCUCGGCCUCGGACCAUGUCGACCCGCCGGAACCUGGGGUGCCUGAGGAGGAAUACCCCACUGACUUGGCCUUCCAGGGCUACCUGAAACAGACCAGAGGCACUGAGGCGGAGGCAGCCCAGGUGGACUGCCUGGAGGAGGAGGCGUCCUGCUCCUCAGAUGACCCCGACCCCAAAUUCCAGACGUGCCUGGAGGCUGAGGUGGACUGGAUGCCACCAGCACUGACCAAGGGCUACUUGAAGCAGGACGCCCUGGGACGGAGUCUUGUUACCACAGGGGCCUCCGCCGAACCAUGGAGUCACCCAACUGAGAAGUGCUCCCUCCUUGCCUUGACCACCUGUGGCGACCUGGGUGCAUCUGACUGGAGCUUUGCCCAUGGCCAGGCCCCUCUGGAGAGCGUGGCCACCCACGGCGGUCUCCUGGCCCUCCUGGACUCCGAGCUGGCUUCCCUGCCCUUCAUCUCCAGCCUGCAAGUGGACGAGUGACUGCAGUUAAGGCCCCGCUUCCAGGUCAUGUGCCUGGGCAGGGGCGGGUGACCUCGGGGUCAGGUGGCCAGGACUGCUGUCCAGGAAAUCUGACAGGGCCGGUCCAGACAUCCCCCAAGAGGCUCUCAGGGGGCCUGAGUUGCAUGGAGGCUGCAGGGCUGUAGUCUGCUUGGAGGGGCCAGCCUUAGCCCCCUGGUGUCGGAGGGGCCAGCCUUAGCCCCCUGGUGUCGGAGGGGCCAGCCUUAGCCCCCUGGAGUCGGAGGGGCCAGCCUUAGCCCCCUGGAGUCGGAGGGGCCAGCCUUAACCCAUAGGAGUUGAGGGGCCAGUCUUAGCCCCCUGGAGUCGAGGGGCCAGCCUUAGCCCCCUGGAGUCGAGGGGCCAGCCUUAGCCCCUGAGGCAUGGAUGCUACAGGGCCUUGCUGCGAGGGAUGUGUGUCAGGUGCAGGGGAGGAAGCAGAGACCAAGUGCGGAUUCUGGUGGUCCGAGCUGACCACCAGCCUGAAGUGGGUCCUUGGGGAGACUCCCCCCUACACACACACACACCUGGCAGCUCCCCCCACCCCGCAGAGACUGCCAGUGCCCCUGCCCCCUCAGCGUCUGUGACUGUCCAGAGCUCUAGGGCAUGUGGGAGCUGAGCCCCAGGGGCGGGGGCUGACUGUGCCCCCGUCUUGUUCAUCUGCACUGCCUUGUCCAGGCCGCCCCCUCCUCUCACCCUGCCCAGAGACGCCAUUGGUGUGAGUGGGUUAGACCGUACACGCAGGUGGGCCUGGGCACCAGCUGCCCAUGUCCAGCUGCAGACCCCCAGGAUGGAGCCCCUUCUCAGUCUCGGUGACCCCAGCUGCCUGUCCCUGGGCUGGGAGCUGGGGGCGUUGUGGACCCCAAGCGUGUGCACAGCGGCUGCCGGCUCACACUGGGUGAACCCGCCAGCAGGAAGCCCAGUGCUGUACCCAGGGCUGCAACAAGACCUGGCCAUGACCCUGGCCUUCCCCAGGACAUUCUAGGAAGGGUCCAGCCAGGAGCCCUCUGCCCUGUCCUCCGGCUGUUAGCAGCCGGCCAGUUCUGAAACAGCUGCCUCUGGGAAUGAGGCUGAGGGAGGGCUUCUCAGGGGUCCCCCGAAAGGGCUAUUUAUUUAUUUGCUCACUUAUUUAUUAAAGAGGCUGCUGCCAGAAGUUGAAGACUC